GCUUCAACGGAACGCUUCAACAACUGCAGCCACCUCGGUAGCUCGCUAGCCAACAAAGUCGGAACAUUCAUGUUCUUUAGACAAUUUCCUGGUUUAUUUGCCACUAUGAUUUAAACAUACUUAUGUGGAAACAAAUAGCUACCCCAUUUAAUAUUUACGUUUUAAGUCAACUAACGUUAGCUGGCUGGUUAAGUUCGCACUAGUCUAAUCGCUAAUGCUAACUAGCUAUUAUCUCCGACCAUGAGUUCACUAAGCUACUCUUCUCCUGCUAUAGAAGAGGAGGUCUGCUGGACGGAGAAAGAAGCUCUCGUGAAAGAGGAGGAGGAAGAGGAGGUUGUUACAACACAAAAACAAGUAGAGGGUGAGGCUGUUAGGGUGAAAGAAGAAGAAAAAGACGUUUCAGUGAAAGAAGAGGAAGACGCGUUCAGAGUGAAAGAGGAGGAGGAUGUUACUGUGAAAGAAAAUGAGGAAGAUGCAGUUUUUGGAGUGGAGGAUGAAGCGAAAGAAGAUGAAGAGGUUUUUGGAAUGAAGGAUGAAGAGGGUGAGAUUACUGUCACAUUAGAGGAGGACGAAGAAGAGAAGACUGGAGAACUGAUUAACACCAGUAAAUACAGAGAGAGACGGGACAAUCGUGGAUCCUCUGGGGAGUCUCAACAACAUCAUGAUGCUGACGAGGCAGAGAAGUGUCCCUCCAGAUCAGAACUCCUCAAGAAACACCAGCAGAGACCCACAGGGAAGAGAACUCACUGCUGCUCUGACUGUGGGAAGAGAUUCACCUCAUCAGGCAUUAAGAUUCAUCAGAGAACACACACAGGAGAGAAACGUUAUAUCUGUGAUCAAUGUGGGAAGAGUUUUACUCAGUCAACCAGCCUGACAUCACACCAGAGAAUACACACAGGAGAGAAACCUUUUAUAUGUGGUCAAUGUGGGAAGAGUUUUGGUCAUUCUAGCGAUCUGACAGUGCACCAGAGAAGACACACAGGAGAGAAACCCUAUAGCUGUGAUCAAUGUGCAAAGUUCUUUUUUACAUCUGGCAACCUGAAGGUACACCGGAGAACACACACAGGAGAUAAACCUUAUAGAUGUGAUCAAUGUGGGAAGAGUUUUACUCAGUCAACCAACCUGAUAUCACACCAGAGAACACACACAGGAGAUAAACCUUAUAUCUGUAAUCAAUGUGGGAAGAGUUUUGUUACAUCUAGCAGUCUGACUAUACACCAGAGAACACACACAGGAGAGAAACCUUAUAGCUGUAAUCAAUGUGGGAAGAGUUUUGUUACAUCUGGGCAGCUGACUGUACACCAGAGAAAACACACAUAAUAGAAAUCUUAUAGCUGUAAUCAAUGUGGGAACAGUUUUACUCAAACAACACCAGAGAACACACACAGGAGAGAAAUCUAUUAGCUGUGACCAGAGAUAAUCUGAUAAAAGAUCUCUGAUCAAAUAUCAGAAAAUACAUACAUGAAUGAGUUGUUUCAUGAUAUCAAUGAAUUAAUGUCACAAUGUAGAAUGUUUUAACAUUGUAGUAGGAGUAUUUUAAUGAUGUUCUACCUUAUCGUUUGCCCUGUUCUAUUGAUUUCAACAUGAUAUGGAUAUUAGCCUCAGGGGGAAAAUCCAGGCUCUGAAUUGAAAGAGUACCAUUUAUGAGAUUUAACAAAAAUUGACUAACAAACCAGUGAUCUAACCAGUGAUCUUAACAUUAUUCCCAGAUUCCGUGUGGUUUUUGAGCUGUUAGUUUUAACAGGACGUGCAACCUCAUCUCCCUCCUCUCGGCACAAUUGAUUUCAACAUGAUAUCUAUGAGUGAUGACAAAUAAGUGUUGCGUUCCUUUGUUUAGUGACCUCUAAAUUUAAAUGCAUCACUCCAAAAUGUAGCUGACUAUUCUGCAGGUUGUCCUCUUACCAGUGAGGUAAAAGAUAUCUCCCAUUUCCAUGUGUUUUUUUUAGUUGUGUUAGUUUCAACAGAACAUACAACCUGAUUUUCCCCCUAAUUGAUAUCAGUGAUUUAUUGCUACUUGUCAAAACAACAGCGUUUUUGCUGCUUGUGCAGUUUAUAAGGAUCUUGUAUAAAAAUACAAGUAAUGUGAUUAUUGUGGCAGAUGUUUGUGUAUAUAGCACAUUUUACUUUUAGGUUUUGAAUAUAUCACAAACUGUUUCUGCAUAUUGGUUAUUUGGACACGUUAAAACUGUGUUUUGACAUUGGGGCUAUCCCACCUAGCAAAAUGUCAUUUAAAAUAAGACUAUGCCCAACUUCCAAUAUACUUUCGGUUUUAUUUGAAAGUGAAAGUUGAAAAGAUGUCUUUUGUCAGUGACUUGAAAACGACUUACUUUCAACAUACUUGCAGCCUAUACACAUGGACGCAGUAUGAUAAAUUGGUUUAUAAUCAAUUUUAUUAACAAUCCUACAUCACUCCAGCAUUUCUUUACAACAUCCAAAUGCUUAUUGUCUUUAUUCCACUACUGAAGAAGCAUGACUCAUCACCUCAUAUUUCAAACAUUCAGCCUGACAAAAGAUACAUGUUUUAUUAUUCCAUGCCUCACCAUUAAGGUAAUUAUUGCCAAUACAUAUUAACAAAGGGGUAUACAUUUGCUUUUGAUAUUUCAUAUUUACAAUUAUGAAACAAACUGACAAUUUAUGGGUACAAUUAUAUUGAAAUUGUUAUCCUGCUUUGAGAAUAUCAGGGUUCGUUCUCAGAUGUACCAACCCAAAUGCAUGACAUUGGGGACUGGGCCCGAUCCAAUAACAUGCCUAUCGAGUGAACCCUGAAAAGAGAGAGAGAAGUAAGGUGGAAAGUUACCACGGAUAUUGGGAUUUCGCAGGAGUUUGCUCUUGAAAUCAGACAUGACUAAUACAAUUAGAUUUGAGUUUCUUUUUUGGGGGGGGGGGGGGUUACUGCACGUUUUUCCGUGAGAUGAGUUUUGUUUGGGCUCGUUCCAAGGGGACGAGAGUUCUAGAAGCUAGUUAGUUUUAGGGUUCUAUUGAGAGAAAAAAAGGGAUUAAAAAAAAAAUUAUUAUUAUUUAGAAAUGUGUUUUUUCAUUGUUGACAGCCAGUAGACACCAUGUUUAUAUUGUAGAAUGUGAAGCAUUGUAGUUGAUUAUAAUGUGAAAUGGAAAUUGUUUUCUGUUGGUGGUGAGCAAACUUGUCCAACAAAAAUAUAGGAUAUAUUUGUUGUCUAAAGGGGAAGGUGUUACAGGCUUUGGUUUUUCCAUUUAUGUUUUGAGGUUGGACUUUAGCAAGUAUAGCUCAUUAGCAAGUAUAGCUCGUUAGCAAGUAUAGCUCGUUAGCAAGUAUAGCUUGUUAGCACGUAGGGUGCACCAAUUGGUGUCACCUCGUUAAUCAGUAUGUGUUACACCUGUGCUGGCUUGUCCAUCUCAUUAGUGGGAAGGUGUUUCACCUGAGCUGGUCCAGGUUCUAUUUAAGAGUGUCUGGCCCAGUGCUCCAGUUGUCUUGAUAGCUGUGGAGAGUCAACACCUUUAGUUACGCCACCUUUUUGGUUUGCUUCCUGUCUGUAAGUUUGGUGUGAGUUUUUCUUUUGUUUGCCUCUUCUUGGGCAGAUUUAGUGGGUCUUAUGGUGGGUGUCUUUUGUGUCCCAGUUGUUGUUACUAGUCAACUUCCAGUGGACACCCCCAUAGUGUCUUUCAGAGCCCCUCCUAAAAAACAGGCCUAUAUUUCGGGUUGGAUAUUGCAUCCAAUUAAUAUUUUAAUCAAUGGAAUUUCCUUAAUGUUCAUUAGUCUUUCAGUUGUUAGUCUGCUGUUGUGUACUAAAUAUUGUUGUUUAUUUUCAUUUUUGUUCUUCCUGUGAAGCCAUUGUGUUGCAUCCAUGUCUGAAAUGUGCUGUAUAAAUAAAGCUUAAUUUGAUUUCAACAAAUGAACCCAAUGACCAAUCAA